AUGAUUGAUGCGUAUAAUGGUUGUUUUGAAGAUUGUCGAAGUGUUUAUGGGAUUAGGUUUAAACUUUGUGACAUGUACAACUUAUUUAUGGUUGUAACUUCGUCAUUAGAAAAGAAAGAACAAGAAUUGAAAGCUGAGAAAGAGAAGGCUUCGGUUGAAGAUCAACAAAAAGAAGAGAAAACACCUGAUGAGGCUCGGGUUGCAGAAGGAAAUAGCAUUCUUCGCUUUAGAACAUCCAAAUCCACACAGAGUGAAAAUUUUCUUGAAGAAACAAAAUGUGACAUGGACAAUGUCAACGUGAUGAACAUGGAUGUAGCUUCAUUAAUGGCUACCAUUGACUCAGUGACAGCAGUGGUUGCUGCGAAGGGAGAAGUAAAGCAGGCUGUUGCAGAUGAUUUAAACUCUGCCAAGUCCUCACCUUGUGAAUGGUUUGCUUGCAAUGAUGAUCAGAGUGCGACGAGAUUCUUUGUCAUUCAGGGAUCUGAGUCGCUGGCAUCAUGGCAGGCCAAUCUACUCUUUGAGCCUGUUAAGUUUGAGGGACUGGAUGUGCUCGUGCACAGAGGUAUAUAUGAGGCUGCAAAGGGGACCUACGAGCAGGGCCUAAAAUCUCAUGGAGAUCGUGCCAAAUUUUGA